AUGGCCCUCGCAUCUCAGGCCAAUGGCCAUAUUUCUCCCUCUUCCACUCUGGAUCAAUUGACUCCCCAUGCCUCCAUUUCGCCGCGCUCCGAUAUCUUCAAUGCCAGCUCCGUCGCCGAGAUCAAGGCCACGCUGUCUCACCUCCACAGCCAAGAGGCGUCCGUGACUGCUCGUCUCGAUGCCCUGGUGACCUCACAGAAGGACUUUUCGCGAGAAUUGGGUCGCCUAGAUCUUAUGCGUGCCCACAUUGGCUCCCAGACAAGCACGACGCGAUCCAUCAGUCAUGGAAUGCUCUCCGAGGCCGCUGGCACUGCGGACCGAAUCUCUAGCGCAGUGCGUCGACUGGACCUUGAACAAGCCCGGGUAAAGGCAACGCUCGAUUUCGUUGAACAGGUCGCAGAGCUCAAGGCGUCCGCCAGCUACCUGCACCGGGCGGCACAGAUUCCUCCGACGGUGAUCAACGGUGACUUUGCAGCGCAGAUGGUCCCAACCGCCGAGGUACCGGAUCCGCCCAGCGUCACGCUGGACAAUGCAGCCGAGUCAUUGUGCGGGCUGUUCCUGCGCGAGUUCGACAAGGCCGUCAAGGACAGCGAUGGGGCCAAGAUCACACGCUUCUUCAAGCUGUUCCCGCUUAUUGGCCGGUCCGAGGUCGGACUGGAUGUUUAUGGUCGCUACGUUUGCCAGGGCGUGGCCGCUCGGGCACGUUCCAACCUCAACGCUGGUCCUGGGAGUGCGCAGAGCAAAGACGGGUUCUUCUACGCCAAUGCGCUAACCAAGCUGUUUGAACACAUUGCCCAGAUCAUCGACGGGCAUGGCGGGCUGGUGGAGCGUCACUACGGGUCCCGGAAGAUGGGGCGUGUCAUCGAGCGACUACAGAUUGAGGCUGAUGUGCAGGGCGGCAUCAUCCUCGACACCUGGAGCGAUGAGCGACAUGUGGACCGCAAACUGAUGGACAUCAAGUCCUAUGCCUUUACAUUUUUAGUUCAAAGCUUUCUUCCUGCCCAGCGUGCCGACACCGACGAAGAAGGGGUGGACAGGAAGGAAAUCGAUGGCAUCCUGAACGAGAUGGCUGUCAUGUUGGGCCGGUGGUCACUCUACUGUCGGUUCUUAGCUGAUACAUGUAACCCUGGCGAAGAAGAGGAUGGUGACCGAAGAUAUGCACUCCCCACUUUCCUGCAGGAGUCAUCUUUGGCACGGAAGAUUAAUGAUCGACUGGUGUCUCCGUUCAAUGCGAUGACGACCUUUUUCUUCCGCCGGUCGGUCGAGAAGGCUUUCCAACUGGACGAGUCGCCGUCAGGCCUGACGCUGAACCUGCAGCGGCCACUGAAGACGGAUCCGCCCCAUAUUACAUCCGCUGUGGACGACAUCAUGUAUAUCGCCAAAAAGGUGCUACAGCAAUCGCUGGCUACUUCCCAAGAGGACGUGGUGACCAACGUGGUCCCGACUCUAUCUCGUGUACUCGGGUCAGACUUUAUCGGCAUGAGCCAACGCAAGAUGCGCGAUGAAUGCUACCCGCGCGCGUCUGUCCAGGGAGGGCAGCCCCCCGAGCAGAUGGUGACUGCGUUCUUGGUGCAGAUCAACAAUCUGGACAUUGCGGUCAGUUACAUCCGGCGCAUUGUGCAGGACAGCACUGGCUCGAACCAGCCACUCCCUGCUGCCAGCGACAGCAGCCAGAAUAUUGAAAGACUUGCAACCGAGCACCUCCGCUCGCUUUUCCCUGCGCCGACGUCGGCGAUCCGAGUCGCGCAGACUCUCCAAACUCUCGUUUCCUCCUUUGAAGCCAAGGUCAACGACCUCCUGUCCGACGGCAUCCAGGUCACUUUUAACAAUGUCAUCAAGCACCGUUUGCGGCCCAUUCUCGCCGACGCCUUCCGCGACAUUGAGUACCAGCCGCACGAUGACUCCCAGCCCCCCGACACCCACGAUGACUUCCACGACGACGGCGAGGGCGGGAAGGAACUCGUCCGGCCACGCUUCGCCGCCGGCUGGUCCGAGCUCCUUGUCCCACUCGCACGCAUCCUCACCCACACGGCCUUUGACCGGCUCCUCACCGUCACGGUGGCCUAUCUCGCGCGUCUCCUCGAGAAGAGACUGUGGUCGUACCAUGGCCGGAUCAAUCCCCUCGGUGCGGCACGACUUGAACGCGACAUCGCCGGGUUGGUCAAUGCCGCUGUCGACGUCGGGUAUGGGUCAGGUGCACCGGGCCGGUACCGGCACCGCGAGGCCUUUGCACGCUGCGUGCAGAUGACUCUGACGAUGGGCAUGGACGAGGACGAGUGGGACGAGGUGCUGCAGGGCGGCGAGGCAGCCGAGGUGGUGGACAAGUUGAGCCGCGAAGAAAAGGUGCGCGUGCGUGGCAUGGUGAGGCGGUGA